CAUUCAUUUUUAUUAAUUUUUAAUAUCCAACUAGUGGCUGGUGGGGUGGGUUGGGUUAAUUAGUCUCUAAUCAUGUUCUAUGUUUAAUACAUUUUCUUAUAAACUAUAUUUUAAAACUUCUAUCAAUAUGGUGGUGUCCAUGUUGAAUUUGGCAUCUAUACCCUUAUAGUCUCUUUUUAAGUUUUUCAAUAAUUGUACAUCAACUUGGUAUUAACCUUUUGACGAUGUCGAAUGGUCGGAGAAGGAUCCAUCUACCUGCUCUCUAAAGGUAGAAUGUAACUCUUUAACUGUUUAACAUGAUUACCAAAUAUCUAUAAAAAAAAGAAACAAAAUUAUUGAUAUAACUCCGAAAAUUUAAUAAAUAACACAUACGCAGAAGCAAAAUGGAGUACAAAAUAAAUAGGUACUGUCUUUUUUUUUUCGUGAACAACAUAAGACACUAUCUUAAAUUACCAUAAACUGUUGACUAUAUUAGCCUAUAGCCUGCCUGCGUAUAUUUUUCACUUUCUGAUUUAUCUUUUUUAUCCGCACAAAUUAUUCAGCCAAAGAAAUGUUCUCUGUUUACAACUAGUUUCUUACAAUGCACGUCUUCUUCUUCUUCUCUUUGUUUCUCAUUUUCUCCGAGACUCUUGAACACGAUAAGAAAGCUUCGCUUGUUUCUUGUCAUAGUAUCUCUUCACCGCUGGAACCAGAGCUCUCCGGUUUGUCAUCGCUGGACCGGAGUUUCAUGCCAGCCAAGACCGAGAUCGAAUUGUAUCCGUUAGAUUUCCCGGUGUUGGAUGAUACCACCUUUCUGAAGAUUCUAAGCCUUAGAAAGAACCAACUCACCGGAGACUUCCCUUGUGAUUUCAUCAAUCUCAAGAACUCGACUCAUCUCCACCGGUUCUCUCGGAGUUAAAGAGUCUCAAGGUUCUUGAUCUGCCAAUCCUGAGGCAGAUAAGGCUCAUCGUUACAAUACCCAAAUCUCUUCAAAGAUUCCAAAGUUCAACCUUUUCUGGCAACAAAAUAACCCAAAAAGGAGAAACAACACAAGACUACUUUCUUUGUUCCUUGCUAAUUCUAUCUGCAGCUUGCAUUUUGGGUGUACAAAAUGAUGAUCACCUGUUUUGGGAAGGCUAGACUCUCCGGGAAGUUGCGGAAGAGAGACUCUUCAUCGUCUUCUCCUCCAAGAAACUGGACAUCUAGAGACGAUGAUAACACUGAAGAAGAAGGAGGAAAGAUCAUCUUCUUCGGGGGAAAGAACCAUUUGUUUGAUUUAGACGAUCUGCUAAGCUCAUCAGCUCAAGUUUUGGGGAAAGGCGCCUUUGGAACAACCUAUAAGGUAACAAUGGAAGACAUGAGCACUGUGGUAGUGAAGCGACUAAAGGAAGUAGUUGCGGGAAGAAGAGAGUUUGAGCAACAAAUGGAGAUGAUUGGAAUGAUCAGGCAUGAGAAUGUAGCAAAGCUAAAGGCUUACUACUAUUCUAAAGACGAUAAACUCGCUGUUUAUAGCUAUUACACUCAAGGAAGCCUCUUCCAGAUGCUGCACGGAAACAUAGGAACGUAUGAUCGAGUACCUUUGAGUUGGGACGCUAGACUGAGAAUAGCAACUGGUGCAGCGAGAGGAUUGGCUAAGAUCCACGAAGGGAACAACGGGAGACUCAUCCAUGGGAACAUCAAGUCCUCAAACAUCUUCUUAGACUCGCAACGCUACGGCUGCAUCGGAGACAUCGGCUUGACAACCAUCAUGAGAUCUCUUCCUCGAAGGACUUGUCUUACUUCAGGUUACCACGCACCUGAAAUAACAGACACUAGAAGAAGCACUCAUUCUUCGGAUGUAUACAGCUUUGGAGUGGUUCUACUUGAGCUUCUGACAGGUAAAUCACCAGCAAGUCCAGGGGUUACAGAUGCAGAACAUGGUGGUGAGAACAUGGACUUGGCUAGCUGGAUAAGGAAUGUGGUGGCGAAAGAUUGGACAGGGGAAGUGUUUGAUAUGGAGAUGCUGAGUGAAUCAAGUGUGGAGGAUGAAAUGGUGGAGAUGUUGCAGAUAGGAUUGGCUUGCGUUGGUGUGAAGCAACAAGAACGACCUCAUAUAGCUCAAGUUGUGAAAUUGAUUCAAGACAUUCGAUCAACUGAGUGAAUGAAGGAACACAAAGUUUUGGUACCCUUAAUCCACAAACACAAAAAAAAUAAUUUUUUUUCUUCUUCAAUGAUCAUUUUUUUAAAUUCGAUUUGAACAUGAAUGUUGUUUUAUUGAUAUAUUGUUUCAGAGCGCA